AUGGCCCAAGCUGAAUCAAUCAGCACGUUACGGCGGAGACGAGGCGUCCUAGCCCGUCGACUUGCAACCAUAAGGCGCGAACUCGAUGAGUACGAAGCGUCUGGGAAGGCAAACAGAAUCUUCCUAGCAUCUUGCCGCAGCUCGUUCGAUGAGCUUUGGAGGAGGAUACUCGAGGUUCAAGAAGAGUUAGGUGUGGUAGAUGAGGGGGAAGAUGCGCGGGUAGAUUCGUUAUCGCAAGAGCAUCGGGAGCUUGACAUGCGGUUCCGAGAGCUCUUUGAGCAAAUAUCAGCAACAACCCCGUCGACUACAACAAGAGGUGAGACGUGCCGGAAACCAGAGCCGACCACCGUUCCAGAGGUCCGCGUGCCCCAAUUCGACGGUGCCCUCGAGAAUUGGACCUAUUUCUACGACACGUUCACAUCCAUAGUGGACCUUAACGAAGGUUUGACGAAUGUCCAAAAGUUCCAGCAUCUACGCUCAUCUAUAACUGGACGGGCCGCACAGAGUAUCCAGUCAUUAGAACUCACAGAGGCCAACUAUUCCAUCGCGCUUGAUACACUGAAGGACAAGUUCAAUUGCCCCCUCCAAAUCUGCAUGCGCCAUUGGAAUCUGAUGCGUAAUUAUCCGGAAAUCAAAAGGGAAACUCCAGAGGCCCUAGAGGAUUUGUUGGAAACCAUCAGCGUAAAUCUAAAGGCGCUCGAACAUCUAAAGGAGCCCGUCACUUCAAACAUAGCGAUGAUCGAAUUGAUCGCGUCGAAGUUGCCCGCGUCCAGCCUGCGUAAAUGGCAACGCACACUGCCCCGCCAAAAGGUGCCAUCCUAUCAGCAUCUGAUAGACUUUCUCAAAACACGGGCGAACGGGACUCAAUUCCUCUCUAAAGAGAAGGAAUCAAAAGGGUCAACACACAAACACCGCAGUCAGCGAACAACCAUACCGCAUGGGCGAACCCUUGCUACAACCAGCAGAACGGUGGUGUGUCCGACCUGCAACGGACAUCACGAGAUCAGACACUGCAAAAUAUUCAAGGCCAAAUCAGCGACCAAACGUUUUCAAAUCGUGAAGAAGGCAUCGUUGUGCAUAAAUUGCCUAGGCACAGGACAUUCGCCGACACAGUGUACAUCGGCACAGAUCAAGGUUUUGAACAAACAGGCACAACCAAUCCGAGCCCGAGCCUUACUCGACACUGGGUCGAGCAUGAACUUCAUGACCGACAGGCUCGCGAACUCCCUCGGUAUAAGGCAAAGGAGAUGUGCGAUCCAGAUCGGAGCCCUCGACAAUUUGAGCACCACGGCAAAACGUUACACCACGGCCACCAUCACGUCGACGGACGGCGAGUACAAGAAGACAUUGAGAUUUCUUGUUAUCCCGGCCAUAUCGAUCCUCGUACCAAGCGAGCCCAUCGAUCCCUCGAGUCUGGGAUUACCCAGAAAUAUUCAUCUAGCCGAUCCACAAUUCCAUUGCCCAGCCCCGAUCGAUGUUUUACUUAGUACCGGAUCAACAUUCGCGUCGCUGUGCAUCGGGCAGGUCAAUCUGGCACAACCCGGCGAACCUGAACUACGUCUACAAAAAACACGCUUCGGCUGGGUAAUCGGGGGGAGUCCCACGUCCCAAACCGCGAUAAAUACGUUCCACGCAACCACAACGGCUCUGCAAGAGGACCUCGCACGGUUUUGGGAGAUCGACGAGGGACAGGCCACUACUCAUCUUUCGGAAUCGGAACGACUAUGUGAAGAACAUUUCCGAAACCAUGUCCGACGAACCAAGGAAGGCAGAUACAUCGUUGCAUUACCGUUCAACGAAAAGCUUUCCUCACUAGGGUCAUCGAAGGCCACUGCAAUGAGCAGGCUCGCCUCUCUUCAUCGCUGA